UUUAUCGAGGUGAGUGUUAGCCACCCUUCAGGUCAUCCAGUUAGAAUUUGAGCCGCUGGGAGGCGCUGUGGUAGCGAGCGGGCGCAUUGAGCAGCGUCUCUGUUAAGGGAAGAUGUCGAUGCGCCGGUGGUCGGUUUCGGGGGUUGACUCGCGCCGCGGGGGCGAUGAGCGCACUUCCCUUCGCCCUGAGACUGACCUGCUGGCUAUCCUGCCUCGUCUUCCUGAUCAGCCCGACCUGCACCACAUCGGACAACCAGCAGGAAUCUCUUCGCCAAGGAGAUGACGUACGCACCCUCGAGGAAGGUAUCAAUGACGACAUCGAGAUCAACACCGAUGAGGAGGACGAGGACUACCUCGACGGUAAUACAACGGAAAAGGGCAAGUAUCUGGGAUCACCCUGCGAUUCGACCCAGACGUGCAAUCCAGAAUUACAAAACGUGUUCUGCGACGCUAUCACUGGUUUGUGCGAAUGCAAAAAAUUGUAUCCCGUACGGCUCGGUCCCACCAAAGGAUGCGACAAACCGAAGAAACUUGGAGAGCAAUGCUAUUACCGUGCAACUUGCACUUUCGCGGUCCAGCACUCGACUUGCAUCCAGGUACAGCACAAUGCUAUCUGUGCGUGCGAAGAAGGAUACCACAGGGUGGCUCUAUCGAGGCCUAAUAAAAAGGAUUUCUGCGCCGAAGAUCUGGUGCUGAUAACUACAGACGUCCCGACCUUAUUCGGUGUAGCAACCGGCUUAGCAGUAUUUACGGCACUAAUAUGUUUCGUACUGAAACUAUUUAGUCGAGCAAGAUAUACAAGACCACGACAUUACGCCAAUGCUAAUCAUGCGCCUCCUAUGUUAUUUUCCAGCGACACAGGUAUACCAUUAACACUUCACGGUGGAAGGCCAUCCUCUCGUACAAGUCAAAGAAGCAAUGGGGCACUGACCUGCGCGUUCACCAGGAGACCAAGCAGCGGCGGAAGUAGAGGACCUCUGGUACCAGCCUCGCGAGCAGGUGCGGCACGAGCCGCGGCCAUCUUGCUUAUUUCGUGCCACCUGCAGGCAACCAAAGGCGGGAACAAGCAUCGACGCACCCUUAGCGAUGUGGCCGAGGGUUCGUCCGACGGCCUCGGUUCCCGUCGUCCUAGCUUAGCGUCGGUUCACAGUUCCACGUCAUCGGCAAGAAGCUACAGUGCACGGAGACUGGAACGCGAGAGAAACGAGAAGGAACACAGGCAGCAACUUCAGGAACUGAGACUAGCAAGACAACGAGAUCAGCAGCAGACAGCACCGACGCCAAGUCCGAGGACGCCACAUUCGACGGAUGAGCUCUUGCCGUCCGUCGAGGAGGGAAAAGAGGUAUUCUACAACGAGCAAGUGCCAACAACGUCGGGUGUGGCUGGUACCACAACAACAACAGUGAACGAGGUAAUGUCCGCCACUCCUACAACGUCGACGUUUAACAGGGAAAUGGCACCCUGUACUUCGGGAGAUAUUUUCCAAGUGUAACUAUAAUCACAGUACGUGAAUUAGUUAUGUCUCGUGUAUAUAACUGAUAGACUUUAUAGCGCCACACUGUAAUUCUCAGAAUCGGUGGCGAUUCGUCCAAUGAUAGGGGAUUGAUUAGAAAGUGAUUGAAAAUAAUUUUUGGAACUGUCUUAUAAUUUUCGAAAAAGAAAAAUAGUACUGUAUAAUAUAUUCUUUUUUGUACAAUUCAAAGUUAUCCAUUUUUUGUUGUCACUCGCCCAAAAUACUACGUGACUUAUAAAUUUAAUAGACGUUUUAAAAAUGCUUCGUUUCAGUUUAACGAAUCCCUUCGGAAUUACCGUGUGGCACGAGAAUGAUAACGGUAGGGAUGGGUUCAAGGUCUGGUGGAAAAUUUGCCUUUGUACGAGAUAAAACUGUUGUAAGAACGCGUGCUAUUAACAAUAAGCUAAUUCGUAUUAUUGGAAUAACAAUGAAUGAAGAUGGUAGUAUUGAGUAAUAAUCUAUAAUGCGGGUUGAGCUAAUGAGGAAGAUAUAUUAAAUGAUAUCAAGUAAGUAAUAUUAUGCAAAUGUAAUAUUAACACGCUGUACCGUAGGUACUUUUCAACACGUGUAUUUAAUUACUGAUUAUCGUUUGCUUUUAUCGACCAACUUUAUUCAGGCACGGUUUUCAAUUAGACUAACUUUCUCAACCUGAUUUUCAGAGACGUUAAUACACGUAGGUUGGUAACCUUAUAUAAAUUCGAAAAAUUGAGAAUGAAGUUUUUUUUUUAAAACUACUACUUUUUACCAGGGCUGCCAACUCAAUCAUUUUUUUUAAUUAGCACAUAGGUAUCCUAAGUCACGUAUGGAUCCUGUAUUUCUGCACACGGGUGAUUCAAAAGUAAGGCGAGUUUUUUUUAAACAGUUUUUUCUUUGCUCUAUAUACAGGGUGAGGCGUUUAUAGUGACCCAGGCAAUUUUCUCCCAAACGAAGCGAGAUACAAAAAAAUGUUCGAUACAUUAGUUUCAUGGCUUCGAGGGGGACACAAGAUGGCGUCUUUCAAUUUUUUCCUAAAUAAAAGUAUCAAGGUCAUUUGAGGGUGAACUUUGGUUUUUUAAAUGAGAUGGUGUAUUUUUUGUUAUGGAAAUCAAAAGAGCAUCCAGGUCUCAAAGUACUGAUAUGCUAUGGUGUCAAAACUAAAGGAUCAUGGGAUAUUAAUUGAAAUAGAAAAAAAAAUCGGUUUACUUUUUAAUGGCGUAUACGCUCCGGGAGUUUUUUCGAUGAAAUUUCACAACAAAUGUUCGAAAUGUUGGCCAUUUACUUCGAUGCAUUUUUGAUAACGUUGAAUGUAAGAACGUUGCACUGCCAAUAGAGUGUCAUCCUCGAUAUUGGCAGAGGCAUCAAUGAUGCGCUGGCGGAUGUUGUCGCAUGUCGUCGGUACUUUCUUGUAAACUUUUUCUUUUAUGUAUCCCCACAAAAAAAAUCUGGAGACGUCAGGUCCGGAGAACGGGCAGGCCAAUGAACAGGUCCUCGACGUCCUAUCCAGCGAUCGGCAUAAUCUCGAUCCAAUAUUUCACGAGCUUGAAGCGAAAAGUGAGCUGGACAUCCAUCAUGUUGAUACCACAUAUUGCAUCGUUCCAGAAGUGGUAUGUCUUCGAGCAAUGUUGGAAGCACUCGAUCCAAAAAGUCCUUGUACCUCUGUCCGGUGAGUGUAUCUUCAAGAAAGUACGGGCCAACUAUGCGGUUUCGGUAAACACCACAUCAAACAUUUAGAGUCCACGGCCGUUGAUGUUCCACUUGCCGCAACCACCUCGGAUUUUCCGUAGCCCAGUAAUGCAUAUUGUGGCGGUUAACUUGGUUAAAUUUAACUUUAACUUGUUAAAUUUCAUCGAAAGAACCCCCCGCAACGUAUGCGCCAUUAAAAAGUAAACUGAUUUUUUUUUCUAUUUCAAUUAAUAUCCCAUGAUCCUUUAGUUUUGAGACCAUAGCAUAUCAGUACUUUGAGACCUGGAUGCUCUUUUGAUUUCCAUAACAAAAAAUACACCAUCUCAUUUAAAAAACCAAAGUUCACCCUCAAAUGACCUUGAUACUUUUAUUUAGGAAAAAAUUGAAAGACGCCAUCUUGUGUCCCCCUCGAAGCCAUGAAACUAAUGUAUCGAACAUUUUUUUGUAUCACUAUAAACGCCUCACCCUGUAUAUAUUUUUUUUGUAUUUUUCUUUAUUCAUUUUGUAUUUAUUAUUACUGAUGGCUGACGGUAUUGUUAAUGCAUUUUUGAGGAUAUCUGCGGAAACGAUACUUGGAUGUUAUUGGUACUUGUAGACGGCAGUGAUUUUGAGAAUUUUCGUAAUCCAAGCUGUGGUUCUAUGUUUAGAACGCACUCAUGCGAAUUGUCCAAUUUUUAUGGAGACUCGAUAUUUUUGAGCUUACAAUGACUUUACUCGUUUCAUUAGUGUACUGUGAUUUCAUAAGGGAUCCUUGAAGUGGAUGCUGCGUCAAAGUGGGUUUGAGAUACUCAGAUAAAAUGUGUAACGUGUGAAGGAAGUGGAUGAGUGAUUUAGUAUUUUGAAUUUAUACUUUCAAAAUAUAAUCUUGUCUUGGGGUCAUGCACUUUUCUGCUUGAUAGCUUUUAUAAUAGUAUUUUCAUCAUUUUUACGUGGUUGGACGUCCUGAAUGUUCUUGUUACCUUCGUUGCAGUAUUGCGAAUAUGCUUCUCCCACUUUCCUAUACUGCAAGGGUUGAUUGAGGAUGAAAAAUAAUUUUUGAAAAAUUACUUAACUCCGACGUACUUAAUACGUCUUUUAGCAAGUAAUUGACCGUAUAUUUUUUUUUCGAAAUAGUCAUAUGAAUUAAUUUCGAUUUCUAUUGAAACGUAUCGAUACGUUAUAAAACAAAGCUAAUCGAAAGCUAUCGAUUUCGUCUUUUUGAAUGUUUUUUAUGAUAACGUCAUAUAUUCAUAUAGCACCUACGUCUGAUAAUAAAUCUAGAAGAAAGAUUGUGUCUGUUCUUUAACCCAAGGAAGAUAAAACUGUUCGAGACGUUCAACUUAACGACUAAAUGUAACGAGUUUCUUAGGGUGAUAAAAGUGAUUAUAAACUAAAUACAAGAGAUUAAAAAAAGGAAAUAAAAACUAACCGCGUAAUAACGAUUUACUAGCGAGUCAUGUAUAAUAUUGUUCGAGUAAUUUAUGCUGCCUUUCGUGAGAUUGAGAAAACCAAGAAAUACAAGAAAAUAUUGAAAUAAUAUAUAUAUAUAUGAAAUAAACAAAGAAACCGUACGAUCGUCUUCUGGCUAAGUUGGUUUGAUGUACACGUGUUCCGCAACGAUUACCACUAUUAAUUCAAUCAUAUCAGUUCAAACCACCAUGUCGUGUAACCUGUAUAUUUUUUUUCGGGUAACCGACGCAAAACGUAUGAUUUUGAGAAUGGAUGUACAAUGUUAUCGUUUUAUUCCCUUUUAAAUAUUUAUUGUAUAAUAAAUUGUAAUAUAGUCGUUGGGCAAAAUAAAGCUCGUUUUUCUAGA